UCCUGGAGCUCCAGCUUGGCCUCUAUUCAGUCACGUGACCGACCACCGCGCUAAGACUGCUGAUGUGAACCAUCCAACUUCCUUCGCCGCAGAACGACUUUGCUCGUGGCUGACACUCGCUCCCAUCUUCGUGUUUCCGGGUUUCGUCUGGGAUCAGGUAGAGAUCUGAAACCCGGAUCACCUCGAUCAUUCAUUCAGAACGGUCAGCAAGAUGACGGAUUCAGUGAUGCUGCAGUCAGCGGUGCGCUUGCCUACUCCGCCGCCCGGCACGUCGUACUCGCCGCAGCCUUCAGGGUCGCGAAAGCGUUCGCCUCCUUCACGGUCGCCUUCGCCAAAUCGUCGUCGGUCCCCUCCAGCUGGGCCCGCGAGGGACGAGGCAGAUCUUCCCCCAGUCGAUCAGGAGCGCGCGAUCGAGAGACAGCGGCAGCUGGCCGAACGACUUCGUCAGCAUGAAAAGCGCGAGCCUGCGCGCAAACCGAUGACAGAGGAGGAGAAACAGGCUGCGGCAAAGGCGGAAUAUGAGAAACUGUUGAACAUGCGCUCCGGAGGAACCUAUAUCCCUCCAGCUCGGCUGCGCGCGCUCCAAGCGCAGAUCACCGAUAAAACGAGCAAGGAGUAUCAGCGAAUGGCAUGGGAGGCCUUGAAGAAGUCUAUCAAUGGUCUUAUCAACAAGGUCAAUGUCUCGAACAUCAAGCAUAUCGUGCCGGAACUGUUUGGAGAGAACCUGAUCCGUGGCCGUGGUCUUUUCUGCCGGAGCAUCAUGAAAGCACAAGCAGCCAGUCUGCCCUUCACGCCUAUCUACGCUGCGAUGGCUGCAAUCGUGAACACGAAAUUGCCACAGGUCGGAGAACUUCUGCUGAGCCGGUUGAUCGUCCAGUUUCGAAAGGCGUUCAAGCGUAAUGAUAAAGCAGUCUGUAUCUCGUCUACCACCUUUAUCGCCCAUCUCUGCAAUCAGCAGGUCGCCCACGAGAUGCUCGCGGCCCAAAUUCUCCUACUUCUUCUACAUAAGCCUACAGAUGACAGUGUGGAGAUUGCCGUGGGCCUGACCAGGGAAGUGGGCCAACAUCUGGAAGAGAUGAGCCAGCCGAUCGCACUGGCGGUGUUUGACCAGUUCCGGAAUAUCUUGCACGAGGCAGAUAUCGAUAAGAGAGUCCAGUACAUGAUUGAGGUGCUGUUCCAGGUUCGUAAGGACAGGUACAAGGACAACCCCGCCAUCAGGGAAGAGCUGGACCUCGUCGAAGAAGAAGAUCAGAUCACACAUCGGAUUGGUCUAGAUGACGAGAUAGACACGCAGGAUGGUCUCAACAUCUUCAAAUACGAUGCGCAGUGGGAGGAACACGAAGAGGCCUACCGGAGGCUCAAAGCCGAAAUCUUGGGAGAAGGAAGCAGUGACGAAGAGGACGGAUACGAGACUGAUGACAGUUCAGAGGAAGAAGAGGAUGAGGAGCAGAAGCAGAUGGACAUCAAAGAUCAGAGCAAUACUGAUCUGGUGAACCUGCGUCGCACGAUCUACUUGACCAUCAUGUCGAGUAUCGACUUCGAAGAAUGCUGUCACAAGCUGAUGAAGAUCUCUCUUCCGCCCGGGCAGGAGCCUGAGCUGCCCUCUAUGACCAUCGAAUGUUGUUCACAGGAGCGCACGUACUCGAAGUUCUAUGGUCUGAUCGGAGAGAGAUUUGCGAAGCUCAACCGUCUCUGGUGUGAUCUCUUCGAGGCCGCAUUCGCCAAGUACUACGAGACUAUUCAUCGCUACGAAACGAAUCGGCUGCGUAACAUUGCUCGCUUCUUUGGCCAUAUGCUGAGCACAGAUGCUAUUGGGUGGCAUGUUCUGUCCAUCGUCCACUUGAAUGAGGAGGAAACAACAUCCAGCAGCCGUAUCUUCAUCAAGAUUCUCUUCCAGGAUCUUGCAGAGAGCUUGGGUCUGCCGAAGCUACGAGAGCGGUUCCAGGAUGAGAUCCUGCGACCCAGCUUCGAAGGAAUAUUCCCGACGGACAACCCACGCAACACCCGUUUCUCCAUCAAUUACUUCACCAGCAUCGGUAUGGGUGCACUGACCGAAGAGAUGCGUGAGCAUCUCAAGAACCUCCCCAAACCUACUCUGCCUACUCUCCCCCCACCUAGAGAGGAGUCGGACGCUGAGUCAGUCAGCUCAUAUUCGAGCUAUUCAUCGUACACGGGCUCCUCCCGCUCUCGCUCUCGCUCUCGAUCCAUAUCUCGUGACCGUCGCCGCGGACGUUCUGUCAGUCGGGGACGGUCUUACAGUCGCUCCAUCUCGGCCUCAAGGUCAGGAAGUUAUACACCAUCGCGCUCUCGAUCGCCAGUGUCUCGCUCUCGACGUCGCGCGGGCUCGUACAGCCGUUCCCCAACACCUGUUCGCCGCAGAGCGAGAUCAGACUCUCGUACACCUCCAAGGAAGUCCGCGGCACCGAGGCGGGGACGGGAUAGGUCUUACGACUCAAGAAGCUCGGUCAGCAGAAGUCCUAGUCCGUACCAAUCGCGAAAAGACCGACGCUCGCCAUCUCGAUCGGUCACGCCGCCUCGACGACGCGAUUCUUACGCUAAGAGGGCCCGAAGCUACUCUAGAUCGCCCUCUCGCUCAGUUUCUCCUCCGCCCCGCCGCGCAGCAGCACCACGUGGACGGCGAUACUCGGAUUCUGUAUCCCCUCCGCCACGUAGACGCGGAGGCAGGAGUGUAUCCGCUUCGCGCUCACCGCCUCCUCGACGUGGAGGCCGGAGCACCCGGGAUCGCAGUUUGAGCAGAAGCAUCAGUCGGUCCGUGUCACGCACGCCGAGUCCUCCACUGAACAAGGGACGACGUGUAUCUUUGAAUGUCACACGGUCCAUCUCUCCGGCUCCUGGUCGACGACGCUCACUAUCAAGAUCACCACGUCGCGUUGCGCCAGCGGGUCAACGUCGGGACUAAGUGCCCAAAGGAAUAUUGAGAUCGCAUAACCAUUUGAAACCGCUCACAAAAAAAAAAUGGAUACCGAAGCCUUCGUCUAUACCCAUAGGACAGCACAAAGGGCGUAUGCAAAGGGGGAUACCGGGAAGACCGCAAAUAGUUCAAAAAUCAUCUACUCACAUGUUUCUUCUCACUGGGAAUGAAUGGAAAGGAAGUUCACAAAGGUGUUUCUGUCAUUGUUUGGGAGUUUUCUAUCUUUUACUUUCU